AUGUAUAAUCAAUUUACAAGCAUUCGAUCAUCUGUUAUUGAUGAAAUAAGUUUAGAGGGUUUGGAUGGCAUAACUUGCGAAGCUUUAUGGACUAGAUUAUCAGAUCGUCUUAUCUUGCCGUUACCUCUGCCAGAACAAUUAUGUAGCCAAGUUUGGUGUUAUGUAAAGGCUUCAAAAGAAAUUGAAAUCUAUGAAUUACCCGAAGAACGAAAUCGUUUUGUAUUAUUUGAUCGAUAUGAGUUAGUGGAUCCUCUUUUGGGAACAGUUAUGGAACCAGCUGUUUUACCACCAGUGGUUUAUAAAAAUCAUCCCAUUCAUGACAAAAAAAAUAACAUAAUGGGAUCAUGCUCAACAUAUAAUACCAGAGUCAAUAUUACAUUGGAGGCUAAAGAAAUGACUUUAGAUGAAGCUUUAAAAAGGUGGGGCAUGAAGUUGGUGAUGGUGGCCGAUCAACCAACACGUAACAAAGUAUUAAUGGGCGGUGAUUUUUGUGAAGAUAUAGAACUUUCACUUUUGCAAUACUGUAUUCUUGAAAGGAUUGGACGAGCUCGAUACCAGGGAGAGGUGACAUUAGGAAAAAUAUCUUUGCAAGAUAUGAAACUUGAUGCAAAAUCUUUGUUUUAUCAUCGAAAAACUUUAAUGAAAAAUAAAUUAAUUAUGAAACAGGUUCAUUACCAAAAGUCUGGUUUUCAAAACUCAUCUGGUAGUUUAUUGCAUCUUCCAAGAUUUUACGUGGAACGUAAACCAAAAGCUUGUUAUAUGACAGCAGAGGUUGUAGAGAUAUUGCGAGAGAAACCAAAUUAUAUGGCUGAAUAUGAUGAAAUUAAAAAAAGAAUUGGUUUAGAAAGCAGUACCAAAAAAUUGUUUAAAACUAGUGAAUUUCAGAAAUUUGUUAGAACUGAUGUACUCUUACCUUAUAGAACAUUGUAUCCGAAUGCUAAAAUUACGGAAUGGAAACGAAAAGGCAGUGAUGCCGAGAAACAAAUUCGUGUUUUACAAUUAAUCGAUCCUGAUGUUGAUGUGUUAGAUUCUUGGACUAACGAUGAAGAUCAGGAACCCACUAGUGAAGAAACAGGAUUAAUGGAUUAUUCACAGUUAUCAUUAAGUCGCAGUUUAUUGUCUCAAGCAUACCAAAUGAUUGAGUUGGCUGGACCAUCUGGUGUAACUCAAACAGAAAUUGGAAAGAAAAUGGGUCAAUCGAAAUUAUGUUCUAGGAUGAUUUGCAGAAGACUGCUUUCAGCUCAAUUGGUUUGGACAAUGCUGGAGGAUGUUGGAAGACAAAGAGUAUCUAAAUAUGUAUCAUGUAAGUUCAAUGAUUCCAAUAUGGCUGAGGCUUUUAAAUCAGAAAGGCAAAAGAUGUUAAAGUUUUUAUCAACCACAAAGAAGUUUGUACCUGCUUUGCAAUCUUCACCAAGCGAUAAUACUGGGAUUACACAAGGGGUUGAAGUAUUGCAAUCUGAAGAUCCAAUUUUAGGGUAUGAUCACUUGACUGAAGAACUCCUAUUGUUAAAUGAUGAAAAUUCAAAUCCAGUCAGAGCUUCUUCACCUACCGAAAUGGAAGAAGUCCCUAAAAAAGAUGAUGUUGAAAUUAAAUUUAUUGAAACCAAGGUGAAUCCUGAUGUGAAAGGUUAUGCUUUAAAUACUAUGGAUUGGAGUAUCAGUGAUAGCAAUAAGAAGGAUACUUCUGGAAUAUCCUUUAGGUUAUUGAAAAGAGCUAAUAUGAUUAUUCAGAGUGUUCGGGAACAUCAAGUUAUAACAGACUCAUCAAAAUUAAUGAAGCUCAUUCAGGAAGAAGAAGUUAAUGAAGGAUAUUUCGUGAAAAUUGACAAAAAAUCUUUGGUUCGAAUGUUAAUGAAAUUAUCUAAAGAUGGGUAUCUAAAAAUUAUUCAAGCAAAACUUGAAUCCAAACGAAAGCAGAAGAUUUUGACAUUUAUUUGUGAAUGUGAUGUAACAGCCAACCACUCAAUAAUUGUGUCAGAACUAGAACAAGCGAAAAUGAAAAUGUUUACUACGCCGCCUGUGAAAAUAAUGAAGGAGCCCGGCAUUGUGCACAGUGAAUCUGAAAGAGAACCAAGCUUUACAUGUGAAACAAUUGCACAAAGCAGAAAUGAAUUAAAGAAAAUUGCAACAAAUUCCAUAAAUAGAACAAUAUUUUAUGAUGUUAAAAUUGCUAAGAAAUAUGGUUAUCAACCAAAAUUGGUACGAAUGAAGAUACUUCAUAAUUUGCUAUAUCACCUCAUUUAUGAUGAAAUUGGUGAACCAUUGUCUCAGCAAGAGUGUCACGAUUUUUUGGAAAUACAGGGUUGUGAUAUGAAAUCAGAUAUUAAAUCUGAAUUAGCCCCUAUUUACACAAAGGAAAUAUCCUGGAAAAUGUUUAUCCCACCUUUGCCAAAACACAGUGGGUGGCCAAAGGGUUGGACAUUAAUGUGUGAUGUAUUGCUUAGACUUCCAUUAUCAAUAUUUUUGAAAAUUUGCAAUAUUUCGUAUCAGUUGCCAGGCAUAGAUUCUUAUUUAGAUCACCCAAUAAAAAAACAUUAUUUGAUCAAGCAUCUGCCUAUGGAUUUGAGAAAUGACUUAACUAUGGCUAGAAAAUACAUAUUUUCCAUACAUGAGAUAAUACAAAAACUUUGUUAUAUUGGGCUUGUCCAAUUCGGACCACAGAAGUUAAAGGAAAAGGAUCAAGAUGCAUUAGAGAGACAAAAAAAUGCACAAACUAGAAGAUUACAGAUUGGCCCAGGCAAGGCUGACCAAGUACGUGCUUGGGUUGAACAAGAAGUGGAUGUAGCAUUGAGCACAGUGGACGCCCAAAAAACACUUGAGCAGUUAAUGGAAGAUCGUGCUUCACUUCAGCAGAAAUUAGAAAUCAUAAAAGCAAAACCAUUAUCAAAUAAUGAGAAUGAACAAACUCCUAAUGAAGAAAUCGAAAAGGAAAGAAAACAGCUUCAAGAUGAUAUUUCAUUCAGAACCGCACAGAUUGCUGAUUUACAAGAGAAAAUAAUAGCAUCAGAUCAGGAAAAUAAAGCAAAGUCGCGAUGGGAUAUCGUUCAAUCUCUUGGUGAAGCUAAAUAUGCUCUAAAACACUUAUUUGAUAUGAUUGCUGAAUCAAGACGUUCAGUUGAUGCCCAUAAAGAGCGCAGUACUGAACUGGAGGAUCAGCUAACAGAAGUAGUGGCGAAAGUUGCUCAAUGUCAACAGGAAAUGGAUAAGCUGCGUGAGCAACAUAGACAUGAAUUGGCUGAAUUGGAAGGGGAAGGGGAGUACAAAAUUUCAGUCUUACUUCGUCAAUUAAGAUCUAAUGGUUCAAGUAAUACGAAAGAUGAGAAUGAUUUGGAGCAACGAAUAAAGUUCCAAGAACGAGAGCUGGAGCGCAUGGAUGCUGUACAAGCAGAGUUGGAAAACUACAAAAAGGAAGUAGAAGAGCUCAGGGAACAGUUGCAGGAAGUAAGGACAUAUGGAAACAGAAAGGAUAUUAAGAAUUGUAGAACACCCGAGAAAAAGGCUAAGAAAAUGAAACAAGAUCCAGAUCAUCUUAAGCUGGAUUUCGAGCCAAUGAAUUUAUCAGAAAGUGAUGAAGAGGUUUAUGCAGAUUCCGCUGAAAAUGAUCCCGAUUUUAGACUAACGCCUAUAUAUAAGCGAGUACAGUUAUCGAAGACACUGCCAAGGCAUAUGCGAGUGUCAGCAGGUGUUAAACGUAACAGUAAUGGUGAAAUCCAAUGUAACUGUAAAGGUAAAUGCCAAAACAGAUUAUGUGGUUGUCGCAAAAACAACAUGAAAUGUAGUAGCGCCUGCAAGUGCUCAAAAGAAAACUGCAAAAACAUGGCAGAAGAAGAGGAGGACUUUGGUUCAAAGAAUAUUAAGGAGGAGACUCCAGAUAGUAUAUGCAUAUCAGUACCUAAUAACACCAAAUCAGAUACUAGUGAAUGCAGGUGAUAUGUUUUUUCUUAAAUAUAAGAAUAUGUAAUGAGUAAUAAUACUGACAAUAUUUUCAAGAUUAAUAAUUACCUGU